UCUCGCAACACUUGUCUGAAGAUUUCAAAGAACUGACAGCUGUGACACGCAAACACACAAGCUUCCUUUAAUACUUUAUGGGACUCAGAGAGGAAAUCUACAGAGUCAGCAUCACUUAUUGUUCGGGUGGUUUCAGUGGCGUCGUCACCUGGCGAUGACUAUUGGUUUGUCAAAUGAAACUAACACUCAUCUAAAGUUGAUAGUUACGUUCCUCACAUCGACUCUUUCACCAUGGAUUUUGUGUUGGUUCUGAUACUUGCCUUCCUUUCCACUGGACAGAGUAACAGUGAGGUCGCAGAACAAAAGUGGAAUUCAUGUUAUAAACUGUGCCCGCCUGGCUUUUAUAAAGUUGGUGAAUGUGAUGACCCAGUCGCAAAGCACAGAUGUGAAGAAUGCAAAAAUAACACAUUCACAACAAUAGAACACUCUCACCCGAAAUGUGAGAGGUGCAGCAUAUGUGCUUAUUAUGAGGUGACAAUAAAGUCCUGCACCUCUAACAGUGAUGUGGUAUGUGACUGUAUGAAGGGAUUCUACCUCAAGAACAUGGUUCCUCACGACUCACGUGAUUGUCGGGAAUGCAAGUGUGAAAAGUGUGAAAAGUUGUAUGAUAUUCCUGACUACAGAAGGAAGUGCCAGCCCUGCCAAAGGUGUUCGGAAUGCAAGAGGAAAUGUCCAGAAACUUCCUUUCCACUUUCUACAAAUUCAUCCACAGCUGCAUCCACAGCUGCAUCCACAGCUGCACCCACAGCUGCAUCUAAGAGAACCACAGCUUUAAACACCUGGUCAUAUCCUGCCGUGAAGCCAGUUACACGUAACUACUUGAAUGAAAUGUCCUGGCAGUUUCUCGUGGUGGUUCUGGUGACACUUCUGUUAUUCCUUUGGGUCCUGCUGCUGUUCGCCAGGAGCUCCUUCAGAUAUCCAGACAGGUGUCUUUGCUGGAGUGUGAACAAACACCUGGAGCCGCCUCUCGAGGACCCCGACUUCAGCGAACAAAGCAGUCAUCAACGCCGCAGCCCGAACACGCUGACAUUAAACAUAUCAGAGAAUACUCCCAUGAUGACUCUCAGUCAGGGUCCAGCCAUGACAGAACAUCUAUCCCAUGCCCGUCCUCAAGACGCUGAACACAAAGCCACCAGACAACAUGUGCAAUCGGAUCACUGGCCGGCCAUCGUCCUCUAUGCGAUCAUCAAGGAGGUGCCCCUGCGGAGGUGGAAAGAGUUCUUGCGUCUGCUCUCGUUGACGGAUCAGCAGCUGGAGCGGGUGGAGCUGGAGGCCGGUUUGGGUCUGGGCUCCAUGGAAAGGCAGUACCAGAUGCUGAGGCUGUGGAGCCAGUGUUCCUCCGCCAGCCUGAACGAUGUCUUCUCGGCCUUGCACUACAUGAAUUUAUCCGGCUGUGGCCAGCUGCUGCAGGAAAGCCUGGAGAAGCUGCAGCCUGAACUGAAGCAAGGCGUCACAGCCGGCAGCAGUCCCAGACCAGGCUGUCAAUGGGGCCUGCAGGACACCUGAGGCUGCACCAGUGCAGCAGUGCUUCAACCGUGGACGCCAGUAAAGGACAUUUCUGACUAUAGAUUCUACAUGGUACACACGACUCAUACUGAGAAAUGCAGAUUGUAUAUUAUAAUCAAGCUAAGAGUCGAAUGGCAGAACGGAGCACUGUGGAGAUCCUAAUAGGCCCAACUAGAGUUGGGGUUAUUCCUACAUUUUUGGUAUUUGUAUAAUCGAAUACACUCUAUAUAAGUGUAUAAUGUUCCCCUCAUGAGUGCUUAUUGGGUUGAGUUUUUUUAAAUUCCCGAAUGGCACUUCAAUUGCAGGUUGUAUUGUACAUAUCGAAAAUACUGGAAUUGUUGCCAUGCAGACUCGGUUGCAGAAUUGGGGAGGGGACUUCCUCCAAUGCAUGUGACAACAACAACAACAACAACAACAACAGUAGCAUUUUUAAAAGGACAUCACGUUGUCUUCAUUCUCAGGCAGAAGAACUCCAGUAAUCCAGGUGGAGAUUUUAAUCCCCCAUUUUAUAGGUUUUAUACUCCCUCUAGCGCACCACUUAACUUCCAGCUUCUCAUGUACCGUCUCUUAAAUGACAAAAGUUGUUCUGGUUUUUACAGCAGAAUGAAAUGUGUGUUAUUCCGGAGCUUGGUGCCUAUUUUUUUAACAUUUAACAAGUGAAAUUCAAGAUUCCUCUUCAGUUUGAGUAUUUAAACUGUGUGAACAUGUUUGUGUACAACUGGGAUUUUUAAGUAGCACAACCUCGUCUCCUUUGAGAAUGAAUGUUUGUUGGGACAACUCAUUAACUGCUGAUUCUCGUUGUGCACCCUAUAAGGGAAGAAUACUGAAAUCCCCACAGGACGUCAGAUUGUCAGUUUCCUGCAAAUAAACGGUGAGUCAAGGUGCAGUAGCCUGGGGUUUCCCUCACCACAUGUAUACCAUCUAAACUGAUGGUUUCUGGUCGUGGGGCUGGGGUAUCUCACUUUCAGAGUUUCUGUGUGUCAAUUCAGUUCCUGACAGUCAAGGAUAUUCCAGUAAAUUAAGUUUAAAUAUGAAUCGAGGUCUGUGGUUUGUGGCUUUGUGCCUCGAGACAUUUGUAUGUGUAUUUAAUCAUCUUUAUUUUUUUAUUGAUUUAAAUUCUGUAUAUUUGAA